ACACUUCCCGCAGCCCAUACGGGAAAGCAGCUGAGGGCCGGGUCACCCCUGGCCGGGACUGAAGCCAGGCAGCUCCUUCUCCCACGCUGGGCUUCUGUCUCCGUUCAAGCACACGCUUGGUUCCCGUGGGAGCUGCAUCCGCCAUGGUCCUCCUGUGGCUCACAAUGCUUCUGACCUGGGCCUCCUGCCUGCCACAGACCAUCCAGGAUCCCAACUCACCCAUCAAGAACUUAAGGGUGGACCCAGAAAGCGAACGGUUGACCUGGGACCUUAAUGGAAAUGUGUCCAAAAUUGAGUGUAUCAAAGACUCGAUACAGCACAUAGAGGCAAUGAGAAAUAUGUAUUGCCAUAUUGAUGGCCUUUCCCUCUGCACCGUCUCAAACUACACUGUCAGGGCGUCCGAGCCACCCUUCUCCACGUGGAUUCUGUUCCCUGAGCCAGACGGAAAGCCUGAGGCAGCUGCUGAGAACCUGAGCUGCCUCAUUCAUGACGUGGAUUUCAUUACCUGCAAUUGGACGGUGGGCCAGGGGGCCCCGAGUGAUGUCCAGUACCACCUCUACUCGACAGAUGUGGACACCCGCGAGCAGCGUGAGUGUCUGCAUUACAGAGCAGAUGCCCGGGGGACGCACAUCAGCUGCCGUUUUGAUAACAUCUCUAAAAAGUUCAAAUAUUUUCAUAAUUAUGUGAUCGUGGUGAAUGGGAGCAGUAAAGAUGCCAGGAUCCCCUGCACCGAUAUUACCAUCUCAGAUCUAUCAAGAAUUGAGAAAUUAAGUAUGCCGCAAAUGACCACAAAGUGUAAUAAAACACACUCUCUCAUGACGUGGAAAAUGAGGAGCCAUUUCAAUACAAGAUUCAUCUAUGAACUUCAGAUACAACAGGGCACAGAACCUGCUAUCCUGGAAACAGUCAAACACGGAACCUCCUUCCUGCUCCCCAAUCCUGGACGGUACACGGUGAAGAUAAGAGCCCAGGAAGUGUAUGACAACCUCCUGAGUGAAUGGAGUGCCCCCCAACACUUUGUGUGUGACCCGGAGGAGCCGCCACAGGCUCGCACCUGGCGAGUGUCUCUGCUGAUCGCGCUGGGGGCGCUGCUGGCGCUGCUGCUGGCGCUGGUGCUCUGUAGAAGGUACUCGGUGGCGCAGAAAAUCUUCCCACCCAUCCCUCGCAUGAAGGACCCCAUCAGCGACCACUUCCCCAACGACAAGCUGAUGGCCUGGGAGGCCGGCACAGCCGAACCAGAGGACUGCACGGUGACCGAGGUGCGGCUCGUGAAGGAAACGUAACCCGUGCGGAGUCCUGCACCGCUGGGUGCCAGGCGGAACCGACAUUUGUGUGUGGGCUCGCGGGGGCGGGACAGAGAGAUCCUUGGUGGGUGUUGUCAUUUCUCCAAUAAAGUGCUUUUUACCCA